UACCUGCUGAGUAUGACCCACGAGCAACGGAACAGAGUAGCGAACAUCUUGGGGUGGUCUCUAAUUGGCUCCAUGAUCUUUGGUAAUCCGCAUAAGGAAACCUGGCGCAUAAUCAGUGGGAAGGAUGGUUUUUACGGCUUCGCACAGGAUGGGAGCGAGCGAAGCAACAGGGUGCAAGCAAAGAACAUUGAUUGGUGCCAUGUACUGGAUCAGGUGUGUGCGAAGAUGUUUCCGGCCGAAGUCAUCCCGGAAGUGCCCCCAGUACCAGUCACCAAGGAGGUCUCGAGAGUGUCACAUCCGCAUUCGAAUUGGGACGAAUUAAUGGAAGACGCUUUCUUGCAGUUGCUGGCAGAGCACACCAAAGCGCAAAUGACUGACGAACAGAAACUGGCCAUGCAGAAGGAAAAGGCCACCGCGGAGGGGCAGGAACUAUUGAAGAAGAUUGAGGAGAACUCGAACGCCUCCAACAAGGAUGUGCUGGAGUACGGCGUACACAUGCUCUAUGGCCUAAACUCAGUCAGUCAGGCUGCGGAUACACGGGGAGUGUUAAAUAACGUCGGGAAAGGCGCGGCGUUGUUUGGGGGAGCGGCACUAGCCACGACACUGGGCGUAAGUUAA